UCAGCUCUGUCUGUGUCGAGUUCAACUCGGGACCGACCGAGCGCGAGGCUCGAGCUGCCGUUUUCCGCCUUUGCGUGCAGCGUAACGUUUAGCGUAAGUAAGUAGCCUAGAGCUCGGGGCGGAGGGUUCGGAGAGGCUUAGUAUUUCCGGGUGAAAAUCACGGCAUUCUGCGCUCGGGCGUAAAUGGGGAAGCGGCCGGCGAAGAGGGAGGGGGAGCGCGAGGGUGAACAUAGAGGCUAGCGGAGUUGAGUGCGUGCGUUCGCCUCCCGGCAGAGAAAGCAGGAAGCGAACGAGCUCUGCCCACCUGCACCCGCUCCGUCGCGCGUGGCCAUCCGAAAAGACACUCGUGGAAAGACGCGGGGUUGGCUCGCUCUUCUUGCCCUCUAGUUUAAUUCUUGUCAGUAGUGGCAUCCGCGGUCUCGCGGGGGCAUUAUCGCUGUUUGAGGCGUAAACAACUUUUUUCACAUUUCCGCAUUCAAGAGCUUGCGCCUGACUGGCUCGAGGAGCAACGCAUUUGUCGAGAUGUCCUCCCCUUAACCUCCAGAAUGGAGCCGCUGGGCACAAACUAGAAGAGCAGAGAGCAGGUCCGUAUGGUUGCUAGGCGACGAGCUCAUGCCUCCCGCCAUGACGGACGUGCUGGAUUUGUGGGCGGAGUUGGGCCAGGGAGAGGCGGAGCUUGUGACGGUGGACUUCCUGUUACCCACCGGCCUCUACAUCCAGAUGGAUGUCCCCAGAGAGGCCACCAUCCAACACAUCAAACUGCUGUUAUGGAAGCAGGCUGCGCAGUACCCGCUGUUCCCAGCGUUGGGUCAGAUGGAGGGGUGUGUGUUCGAGUGUGUGUCGUCAGCGGCGGUGCACGAGGAGUUGGACGACGAGAGCCGACGCCUGUGUGAUGUCAGACCCUUCCUGCCUGUCCUCCGGCUCCUGCGCCGCAGUGGCGCCGACAACCAGCGCGUGCUGUCCUCCAAGAUAGGCACGCUCAUAGGCAAAGGCUUACAGGAGUUGGAUUCGCUACCUGACCAGGAAGUGAAGGACUUCCGCCAGAAGAUGCAGCGAAUCAGCGAGGAGAAGCUGUUGCGCAUGCAGAUGAUGUCAUACUGGGAGUGGCUUCAGAGCUGCUUCAGCCCACAGAUGGAUGUGGCGCCUACUGAUGAAGUCAUUGACAAGCUGAUGGAGGGUGGAGUCAAAAUAACCAUACACUAUGACCAGUGUCAGGACACGGCCAGUGUGAGGGUGUGUGUGAAGAGUAAGGUGGAUCAGCUGGUGGACCAGGCCCUCAGGAAAUGGAGCUCCACCCACCAGCAGGAAGGUUGUCAUGACGACUACAUUCUGCGCGUCAGUGGCAAACUGGAGUUCCUGUGUGGAAAACACCCCCUUAUCCAGUACAAGAUGACCAUACAAUGUAGCCUCUCACGCCCCUCACACAAGAAGAAGCAGAAGAGCACCAAGCACACACACAAGUACCAGACCAUCCGCAAGGCCGGCAAGAUGCACUACCCAAUAGCGUGGAACACCACCAUGGUGUUUGACUACAGAGGUCAUCUGAAGACUGGGGACAUCCUGCUGCAUUGCUGGUCCUCAUUUCCUGAUGAGCUGGAGGAGAUGUUAAAUCCUAUAGGGACGGUGCAGACUAAUCCGUACACAGAGAACGCCACCACCCUCCACAUCCAGAUACCAGAUUACAGUCAGCAGUGUGUACUCUUCCCCCCUUUUGACAAGAUUCUGGAGAAGGCAGCUGAAGUAGCAAAAGGAAGUGACUGCCCACCUAUGACGGGGGGCAGUAAGUUAUAUUAGCAAACUAGAAGAAUCAUAGGCGAAGCCGCUGUAUCCCAGCUGUGUGAGAACGAGAAGGACCUCAUCUGGACGCUCCGCUACGACUGCCGAGAGAACUUCCCCCAGUCCCUGCCCAAGCUCCUGCUGUCCGUCAAAUGGAACAAGCACGAGGACAUGGCCCAGCUUCAGGCCUUGCUGCAGAUCUGGCCACAGUUGAGUCCUCGGGACGCUUUAGAGCUGCUGGACUUUAACUACCCAGACCAGUACGUCAGAGAGUAUGCCGUCAACUGCCUACAAGACAAUAGUGAUGAUGAGCUGUCCCAGUAUCUGCUGCAGCUGGUGCAGGUGUUGCGCUAUGAGCCCUACUAUGACUGUGCUCUCACGCGCUUCCUGUUGGAGCGCGCUCAGAACAACCGCUUCAUCGGCCACUUCCUCUUCUGGCACCUCAGGUCAGAGAUCCACAUGCCGGCGGUGAGUGUUCAGUUUGCUCUGAUUCUGGAAGCCUAUUGCAGGGGCAGCAUCCCUCAUAUUGAGGUCCUAAAGAAACAGGUGGACGCCCUGAGUAAGCUGAAGGCGGUGAACGCGCUGGUGAAGACUGGGGCAGUGAAGACGAAGGCGCGCAGUAGGGACGGUCACCUGAGGGCGGCCAUGCUCACCUGUCUCCGCCAAAGCGGCUUCGCAGAGGCCCUCGCAGACAUCCACAACCCCCUCAGCCCCAAUGUGCUGCUCGCCUCCGUCAAUGUGGAGAAGUGUAAGUACAUGGACUCUAAAAUGAAGCCCCUGUGGAUUGUCUAUGAUAACAAGCUGCUGGGAGGCGACACCUUGGGCAUUAUCUACAAGAACGGAGAUGACCUCAGACAGGACAUGCUUACACUUCAGAUUCUGAAGCUGAUGGACAUGCUAUGGAAGGAGGCCAACCUCGACCUCAGGAUCCUUCCGUAUGGUUGCCUGGCAACGGGUGACCGUUCCGGCUUGAUAGAAGUGGUGAUGUCAGCAGACACAAUCGCCAACAUCCAGAAGACCUCCAGCAACAUGACGGCCACCGCUGCAUUCAACAAGGACGCGCUGCUCAACUGGCUUAAAGAGAAGAACUCAGGGGAGGCCCUGGAACGUGCAAUAGAGGAGUUCACUCUGUCAUGUGCUGGCUACUGCGUGGCCACCUACGUACUGGGCAUUGGCGAUCGCCAUAGCGACAACAUCAUGGUCCGCAGCACAGGACAGCUGUUCCACAUUGACUUCGGUCACAUCCUGGGCAACUUUAAGUCCAAGUUUGGCAUCAAGCGCGAGCGUGUGCCGUUCAUUCUCACGCACGACUUCAUCCACGUCAUUCAGCAGGGCAAGACCACCAAUACCGAGAAGUUUGGCAGUUUCAGGCAGUACUGCGAGGAAGCCUAUCUGGUGUUGCGGAGGAACGGAAACUUCAUCAUCACUCUGUUUGCACUCAUGCUAACCGCAGGCCUCCCCGAACUGACCUCUGUUAAGGACAUCCAGUACCUGAAGGACUCCCUGGCGCUGGGGAAGACUGAGGAGGACGCUCUGAAGCAGUUCCGCCAGAAGUUUGAUGAGGCGCUGAGAGAGAGUUGGACCACCAAAGUCAACUGGAUGGCACACCACCUUGCACACGCCUCCUAACACACACACACACACACGCCUCCUAACACACACACACUCACACACACACACACACACCACCUUGCACACGCCUCCUAACACA